CGCAAUAGCGAGAGCCAUUGCGGCCACGAACCACGUCUUGCAUCGCCGCCAUGAGUACCAAAACACAUGUCCUACGCCUCUACAGGCGGUCCCUCAAGCUCGCCCUCGACUGGAGCGUCCAUCGAUACCUCUGGCGCGGACAGGCUCUGUACAUCCGUGAGCUUUUCGAGGCCAAGAGAAACGUUACCGAGCCCCGCCAAAUGAGGGACUUGAUCAAGGAGACAGAGGAACUCCUUGAGAAGUGGAAGCACCCAGACCCUUACCGCCCACCCACGGCCCCCGGAGGUUCAAAGUACGAGCGCAACCUGGCUUGCCCAAUUACCGAACCUCCACCAAAGAUGAUUUUGUAGUGUUUGCGACGAGGACUGUGUCCGGGUCAACUUGUACAUAUUACAGCGACAGUGCUACAUAACAGUAGCACGCAAUAUCAAAGUAAAAGAAGGACAAGGCCCGUUUCACUCAUACUGCGCCUCUAUCUCCAGGCGCCGCGCAUUUCUUCUUUCCUCGUGUCAUGAUUAUUGUGUCUAGAUGGCACGCUAGUUGACG